UGUCAAAGGCUGAAGCGGUUCCCUUUGCCACAUUAUAACUAGUAGGGGAUCUACAGCAAGCAAGCAUGGCCACAGCUGCCUCGAAUCCCUACAGCAUUAUCAGUUCCAACUCUAUGGUUCACACAGAUGCACCGGUCAUGCAGCAAGGCAGUCCUUUCAGGAACCACCAGAAACUUCUCCAAAGUGAAUACCUACAGGGGGUCCCCAGCAAUGGGCACCCUCUUGGGCACCAGUGGGUGACCAGCUUAACCGAGGGGAGCCCCUGGGCAACGUCGUUAGCCGCCAGCCCUCUGGAGCAGCAGGACGUGAAACCGGGACGGGAGGAUCUCCAACUCGGGGCGAUCAUUCAUCACAGGUCUCCUCAUGUCGCCCAUCACUCGCCUCAUACAAAUCACCCAGGUGCGUGGGGAGCGACCGCGGCUCAUAACUCAUCCAUAAACACCGGCGGACAACCUAUCAACAUCUACGCGCAGCCUGGCUUCACGGUCAACGGCAUGCUGGAGCAUGGCGGGCUGACGCCUCCCCCGGCAUCGGGUCAGACCCAGAGCCUGCACCCGGGGCUGCGAGACACCCCGGAGCACGCCGAGAUCGGCGCCCACCACUGCCACGACCACUCGGACGAGGAGACGCCGACCUCGGACGAGCUGGAGCAGUUCGCCAAGCAGUUCAAACAAAGGCGGAUCAAGCUGGGGUUCACGCAGGCGGACGUGGGGCUGGCGCUGGGGACCCUGUACGGCAACGUCUUCUCCCAGACCACCAUCUGCAGGUUUGAAGCCCUGCAGCUCAGCUUCAAGAACAUGUGCAAACUGAAGCCCUUGUUGAACAAGUGGCUGGAGGAGGCGGACUCGUCCACGGGCAGCCCCAGCAGCAUCGACAAGAUCGCGGCGCAGGGGCGGAAAAGGAAGAAACGGACCUCGAUCGAGGUGAGCGUGAAAGGAGUGCUGGAGACCCACUUUCUGAAAUGCCCCAAGCCCGCCGCCCAGGAGAUCUCCUCCUUGGCAGACAGCCUACAGCUGGAGAAAGAGGUGGUUCGCGUCUGGUUUUGUAACAGAAGACAAAAGGAGAAGAGGAUGACCCCGCCGGGGGAGCCGCAGCAGCACGAGGUGUACUCGCACAGCGCGAGCACGGACAGCUCCUCGUGCCGCGAUCUCUGACCGGCAGCCGGGCGCCGGGACUCACCCCGCGAGACUCUUCCACAGCAAUGGGAAUCUAGUGGCUUUUUCAAUUAGGGGCUCUUCUCCUCCCCUCUUCCCGCUCCCUUGGCGGUACGACGGUAAAUGAGUAGGGACACUGCGAAAGAAAAUAAAAACAAAACCAAGUUUCCCUUUUAUUUUCCCCCUCCUCCCUCCUUCCUUUCCCCCUUUUCUAUUCUCCAGCGUUUUUUGGGCAAUACACCUUUGCAGACCAAUGUUUGUGCGAGUCAUGAACGGGACGCCGUUUAGAACAGCAGCAACGACGAAAACGUGUUUAUUUUUCAAUCGUUUCUACUGCAAGGAUUUCGAUACAGACGUGUGCCUCUGAAUAACCUCCCAGCGCCUUGGUUAUCACAACAUCAGGUGAAUCAGUCACAAUUCACAGCCAAAUCAUUUGAUUAUUUUAGAUCUCUAUUUUUUUAAUUUUGUCCGUGCGCUGCUCUGCCGUUAGACUCACUGAACUGUUUUUUUUCCCUCUAUCUACGCGCCUCUCACGGUGUUGAACCCACACGGAAGAAUAAUAGGGGGGAAAAUGGAUCAUUUUGUGAUUCGAAUGUUUUUUUUUUUCCCUGCACAUUGCUGAGAGAAUGAAUUCCGUGCGCUGGUGGAUACAAACCGCUUCCUCCUCACAGCAGUGUAAUGUGAGCACGCAAGACACCUUGAUACGGUUAGCUGUACUGUACAAACAACUUAGCGAGAUUUAGCACCUGGAUAUUUUUAAAUAUAUAUUUUUUAGGUUCUGCGUUUCAGCAUUACACGCACAAGAGCUGCGCAGUUGCUUUCUCACCUGAAGCAUCGUGAUCCUCGGUGUUCUUUUAAGGUUUACUACCCGGUUUAACACAGGAGAAAUACAACAGCUCAAGGGUACCUACCAACGAAGCAACUUUUUUUAAAAAAAUAAAACAAUUAUUUAAGAGAGCAAUGCACAGGCGUGCAAUGUUUUAUGGUUCUUCACGGAAAACGAAAAAAGGGAUUAGCAGUCCGAUAGUAUACUCGACCAUAUUACUGUGUUAAACAUUUGGCAUUAAAAACAGAACCAUAAGAUAAUUCCCAAUACGAAAACGUUGUGUGCCAUUAUAUAUUAUUUUAUUGUACACGCUCAAUAUCUAAAGUUUUGUAAUCUUUAAUGUUCCAGCUUUUGAUUUGUCUUUAAUAUUUCUUCCAAUAUUUGCUAUUGUACAGUUUUGUAUAAUAAACUUUUUUGAAGUUAUUAAUUUAAACAAAGACCGUUUAGUUUAUUCAUGCACUUAGUGAUGUAAAAUAAACGCUAUUUUCAUUAAAAGUUGAAGUUUUCAGCAAUUUUAUUCCAAAUACUACGGCAGUUCCAGCGAUUAUUUAUUUUCAGUAUAAACCUUGUAUUAUGUUUUGGAAACGAAAUGUAAAACCGUUAAAAUAUGUAUGUUGGAAUAAUAAAAAUCGAACUUGUUGUUA